AUGUCUUUUUGGUGGAUUGAAGGACCAAUGCAUGGGGUGGAUUUGUUUCUCUUCGGCUGUGUUCAGGAUGAAAAUGAAAAUUCACACUAUAAGAUCAGCACUACAAGAACAGCACUACAAGGAAUAAGUAAACUGAGAUCUAAAGAUCGAAACAUUCUUUACUCGAUGCCUGAACAGUAG